AUGGUGCGCAGAAGCAGAGUUCCCAAAGGAAAGCUUGUGACCAUUACAGCCUUGGGGAAAGAAAUACCAUCGUUCCCAGUCUUGACACUUAAGUUUGUGGUUGUAGAGCUCGAAGGUGGUCACUUGGCUGUUAUUAAAAGUAGUGACAGAUCCAAGUUGAAAUCAUUCCCUACAAUUAUAGAUUGCUGGUCCACAGAAUGUCAAAUUACCAUUGGCAUAAAUACAUAUACACAGUCCUUUGGGAUUGGGAGUUGCACAAAGAAUCAGAAACCCAAAGAGACGGAGCCACCCGAAGAGAUGAAGAACCAGAAAAUGAUUUUCUUGAUAGCCUAUUAGGACUUAAUGAACAUGCACACAGACCUGAAGAAUCAUUUAGUUCAGGGUCACCAGAAUCAGACUUUUCUGAUGACGAAGAAUCAUUAGUUUGCUCACACGAGCUGCCAUUUAAGGUUAUGGGGGUUGUUCAUAACUCAAGUAGACAGAAACACCUAGAGAAUGCCUUUGAAACAAUUUAUGGGGAACAAAAGGAAGUUUUGGCCUGA